AUGAGGAACGCUAUAUUUUGUCCUCGAUCUUUCUUUGCCCGUCAAGUUCAUAGUGUAUAGACCUAUGCAUCAAUAUGUUGACGUUGAGUUAGAUUACCGCCAGGGUCGAGUAACGAAAGGGACUGUAUACGUUUAACGAGAUCAUAGUCGUGGUGAUAACACAACAUGCAAGACGUUUCGAAUCCAUUUGAUGACAGCGAUGCUGUCCACAAGCUCGGUCCGUUGGCGGAGCGGUCGUCCGGUUACAAGAGCUGGUUGCUGGGAGUUUUGCAGGGUCACAAAUGUCAUCGCGUCCUUGACGUAGCCUGCGGAUCAGGUGUGGACUCUUUAUUUCUGCUCAAGCAUGAAAUGGAGGUUGUUAGCUGUGAUGAUGCUGAAGCGAUGCUCUCCUACGCCAGAGCUGAAAAGGAACGUCUUGGACUUAAAGACUGGGAGGUAAAGCGGGCUAACUGGCUGACCUUACCGGAAGAUAUCCCGGAGCAAGGUCAAUUUGACGCCGUACUCUGCUUGGGAAGCUCGAUUUUACACCUCAUUGAUAAACUGCCUGAGCUCGCCCUCUAUCGGAAAUGUUUGACCAACUUCAAGAAGUUUCUUAAACCUGGUGGCUUGCUGCUGAUUGAUCACAGGAACAUAGAUUCUAUGCUUGAUCGAGGAAUUGUCGUGAAUAAGAACGUUUAUCACGCUGAGGACACACUACCAGGCGUAAGUACGAAAACUAUAACCGAAGAGGGCGUCACGUUGCGAGUUGACAUUAUUUACGAUAUGCUGGUGAAAGAGGGAGAUGCUGCUACCAACAACGACAAAAUAGAAAAGGUAAUCAUGCCGUUAGCACCGGUCCACGUUCACAAGUUCACUGCGUUACUCAAGGAGAUGUUUGGACCGAAAUGCGAAUACUCCCUCUACGGCGAUCUGCAACGACUGGACAACGGAAACACAGCAGAUGUAGCCUAUUUUCAACACGUUGUACACGAAUAGACUUGUUUAGACAUUGUCAUAGUACAUUUACAAGUGACCCCAAAAUAUCAAAAAUAUAAUUUGUUUAAACAUGGAAAAGUCCUGCUUCGUACAUUUCAGAAUAACCACUGCCAACAUGAUGGAGGUGCUGCACGAAUCAUUCCUUUUUGUUUGCCAUCUUGACCAAAUCCUUUCAUCUGUGUAUCAAAAGAAAGUACUGUCGAUGAAUUAACGAUUAACAACAAAAAAACCUAUCACAAACAUACACGUUGUAUCCUUCUCAAUGCGUUGUAUAGCUUGAUACAAACAAUAUACCUUUUCUGUCCAUGUGCAAUUAUUAUAAGUUUCAUUACAAUUAUAUAAUGUAAACGUAAUGACGAUGGGUUCCGUCGCAAUAAAUCGACAGCCCAUGAAAUCGAUUGCAAUGGCAAAAGUUCCACGAGGCGGACAGCCCAAGUUUUUAAAUAAAAUGUGUGAAAGAAAAAAAAUCCAAAAAGGUCCAGAAGAUCGACGGUCACUUGCGCAACAGCCCAUGACACGAUCAGGGGGGUGUUUCACAAAACUUGUCAUCAGUAACAAAUGACAGUUUUUGUUACAAGCUAUACUGAAAUCCUUGCUUCUGAUUGGCUAUCAGCAGAUUUGUCACUGAUUGUUGUCAUUUGUCAUUGAAAAAGGCUUUGUGAAACGGGCCCCAGAUCGAAGAAAAACCCAAAUUAAACAACCACCCCACCUCUCCCUCCCCUAUUGAAAAAAAAAGAUGAAAAAAGAUAGGACGACAGAAAGAUGUUGGGCUGUCUGUGUAGCGAACACUCUGUAAAGUUGAAAUGUGGAUAGAAAGCCGGCAAGACCGAAACUAUCGGUCUCAUGACCACUACUACUGAGCGGUACUACAACGCCUUGUACUCCUACUCCAACUAAUACUAUUUCUACUACAUGUACUACUGCUGCAACAAAUAAGAAGAAGAAAACAAGAGAAAAAGGAAGAAGAACGAGAAGAGAAAGAAGAGGGGAAGGCGGCGGGGAAGCAAGAAUGUCAUCAAAGUUACUACUCAUUUCUUCUUUACUACUCUCUACUAAAAAACUUAGGUUACACCAUUAAUCCGUUGUACUUAAGUGUCGUCGAAAAUAGUUAGUAUGAUUUCAUACGAAAUUACGAUUUUUAUAUUUUGUAAUACAAAUAUCUUGUAACUAUGAAUGUACUGAUAAUAAUUUUGUUUUCAAUUACGUGGCUGCAUCCACGAUAAACAUACACGUGGCCACAUCCACGAUAAACAUACAGGGUGUACAUGUAUUUA